GCAGCUUGGUCCUCCAGCACAUCAUCCUCCUCUUCAUCAUGGCCUUCCUCUGGAUCGUGUCCUGCCUCGCCUUCGUCAGCGCCGCCUACGGCUGCGGCACCCCCACCAUUGCCCCUGUGGUGACCGGCUACGCCCGCAUCGUCAACGGCGAAGAGGCGGUGCCUCACUCUUGGCCCUGGCAGGUGUCCCUGCAGCAAUCCAACGGCUUCCACUUCUGCGGAGGAUCUCUGAUCAACGAGAACUGGGUGGUGACCGCCGCUCACUGCAACGUCAAGACCUACCACGUAGUGAUCGUUGGAGAACACGAUAAGGGCUUCGGCUCCAACGAGGUCGUCCAGCGCCUGAAGCCUUCCAAGGUGUUCACCCACCCCAAGUGGAACCCCAGCACCAUCAACAACGACAUCUCCCUCAUCAAGCUGGCCUCCCCCGCCCAGCUCGGAACCAACGUGUCGCCUGUCUGUCUCGCUGAGUCCACCGACAACUUCCCCGCCGGCAUGAACUGCGUGACCUCCGGGUGGGGUCUGACCCGCUACAACGCUCCCAGUACUCCCAACAAGCUGCAACAGGCGGCCCUCCCCCUUCUGUCCAACGAGCAGUGCAAGAACCACUGGGGCAGCAACAUCUCCGACGUGAUGAUCUGUGGGGGAGGAGCCGGAGCCACUUCCUGCAUGGGCGACUCUGGUGGUCCUCUGGUCUGUCAGAAGGACAAUGCCUGGACUCUGGUCGGCAUCGUCUCCUGGGGAAGCAGCCGUUGCUCCACCUCCACCCCCGCCGUCUACGCCCGUGUUACCGAGCUCCGUGGCUGGGUAGACCAGAUCCUCGCCGCUAACUAAGCGCUCAGAGGCCGAAACCCCCUCAAACCCUCAAACCCCCGACCUCGACAGUCCUGCCUUACAUUGUGUGUCUAGACGAUGAAUGGAAAUAAAAACACUGAACAUCA